UUUGUUUGUGUGGUAAAGUGGUAGUGUGUUUGUUUCAGCUCAUCAGUCUCCGGGGUUCGACCCUCUGUUGUCAAGCCCUAAUUUUCCCCCCACAGGUUUUUUUAAUGCUUCCCUUGUACAUUUCAACUGAGGCCUGGUGUCUAAUUACACGGAAAAAUGUUUGAUUUACUUAUACCAGUGUUGAUUGCAUGGUAUCUUCUUCCAUUUCUUUUGCUAAUCUGCUUCUCAUCUUCUCAGGUGUUGGUGUUUCAAGAUUUCCGAGUGUGUCUCUUCUUCUCUUAUGCAGGUCUUCAGCUGCAGUCAACUAACGCAACUUACGUCUUCGUGAACCCUCAUCAUUUGGAAGCUGAGCUAUUGAAAGAAAUGUGGCAAAACCAGGAACCACAUCAUCCAGCACUACAAAUCAUGCCCGAUAACUAUGUACCAAUAGCUGAUCUACUCCAACUUCAGACCACCGAGAUAAAGGGGAGGACAUUCAAUAUCAAAGCUGAAAUUAUAGAAAUUGAAACGACCAAAGGAUGGUCAUACACAGCAUGUCCUAUAUGUAAUCAGUCAGUAUUACAAGUCAACACCUAAUGGUUCUGUACAAGAGAUGGCAUGCAAGUGAAAGCAAACACCAUGUAUCGAAUCAUCGUUACACUAUCUGACAACACCGAAAGAAUCAAGGCAGUAAUUUUCGACCACGCCGUCAGGCAACUAUUAGGAAUGACAUGUGAAGAAUUAGCCGAAAAAGAAGACCCCAUCAAUACCCGGUACUCACUCAUGGCCAAAGAAGCAUUGAUGAGCAUUCAAUUGCAACACGACAAGAGGAUGCGUACACUAAAAUGCAUCGUCAACAAAGCUUCAUAUCCAGCUGUAGAAAACAUUGAGGCAACCUCCUCCAGUGUCGCUGAUGCAACAAAGACACCCGCUCCAACCACGCUAGGUCAAAAAGGAAACACUGCAACUGGAGCGAAACGUCAACUGGAAUUCGAUGACUCAGAUCCAACAUUGAAAAGGCCUGGGAAACGCAGCCUCACCAACUAACACCCAGUUAACAGUAGUUUUAUCUUUUGUCCACCAAUAAAAAGAACCACUGGUGGGAUAGCAGUCAACAGCUAACUCCUUUUGUAUAGAUAAUGGCAUGAUGCAAUCUAGCUUAAUACAAUAAGAAACCUAGGCGGAACAGCAGUCAGGGGCAACACGUGGUCAGCUGAUUCUUUUUGCACUAAAUAUGUCAAUUGCUUACAAACAACGUAAUACACCAACCUUGUAAAACAAGAAACUGGUGGUUGUAUGUUGAUGACACUUAACAUGUAUGCAUGGCUAUACCAUUUUUUGUUGGCUGCAUCCAUUAGGAGCAGCAUGAUAAGUAAAUGCAACUUAGUUAUUAACAUCA